UUGCUUAAAACCCAUUUUCAAAACCCUGAAACUAAUCCAAGACCUUUUUCUCCCCCGAUAAUCUCUUGUCACAAUUCUUUUGGUCAAUUGAUUAGUGUAAACGCGUAGUUAUUGAGCUGAUGUAAAUGUUUGUGUUCAUGAAGCUUUUUUGCAAACACAUCUCACUUUUCUUUUCAGCUUACAAUUAUCCUCUCCAAAAUAAUCUCUGUGUUCCUUCACAAUUUUCCAGAAUAGUUGGAAUUGGUGAUACCCAUUUGUCCAAUUUACGAUUUUUUACUCCUCUGUAUUCUUGAAUUUUUCUUCCGAUUCACUUGUGGUUUCUCUGUUCAUCGUUGGCUAUGAUAAACCUAAAGUUCUUUACUUUAUGGGUUUUAACCGCUCUCUGUUCUACACGGGUCUCCUCUGCCUCUGAUAGCUUCUUCCUCAACUGUGGAUCGCCGGAGAAUGUAACAGUCACCAAUAGAACCUUCGAAUCCGACAACAAUCUUGGUCGGGAAAUCUUCGAUUCCACGCGAGGAGUCUCGGUCCGAACCACCGAUUCGAAUUCCCUUCCUUCAGGAGACGAAUCGACUCUGUUCGAGACGGCGAGAGUUUUCUCCGACGAAUCAAUUUACCGAUUCCCGAUUGAGCAACACGGUUGGUUCAUAAUCCGCCUUUACUUUCUACCUUUCGUCUCAGCUUCUCGAGAUCUAAUCACAGCUAGAUUCUCGGUUUCGGCUCAGAAUUUCACUCUGAUCAAAGAUUACAAACCCUCGAAGACCUCCAUUGUUAAGGAAUACAGUUUAAACAUCUCGACAGAUAAUCUAUCUCUCGAGUUUCUUCCCAAAACCGAUUCUUUCGCAUUCAUCAACGCCUUGGAAGUCUUCAGGCUUCCAGAGAAUCUGCUACCUGAAGAAGCAGGACUCAUCGGUACACAGAGCAGCAAGAAGAAUCUCAAGCUAAGUACUCAUGCGAUGGAGACUGUUUCUCGAGUAAACAUGGGGAAUGUGAGUGUGGGUCGUGACCAGGAUAAGCUAUGGAGACAAUGGGAUUCGGAUUCUGCGUAUAUGGGAGAAGCUCAUUUUGGUCUGCCUGUGUUGAACCUCAAAGCUGUUAACUUUAGUGCUGGUGGGAUCACAGAUGUCAAUGCGCCGGUUUACGUCUAUGGAACCGCCACGAGGUUGAAUUCUGAGAACAAUCCAAACACAAACGCUAAUCUAACUUGGACAUUCCAAGUCGAGCCUGGUUUCGAUUACUUUCUCCGGUUUCACUUCUGUAACAUCAUAGUGGAUCCUUUUGGAUUCGAGCGUCAGAUAAGCUUUGACAUUUUUGUGAACUCAGAGAAAGUUGAUUCCGUUGAUAUGACAGAGGUUGCAAAUGGCACCUUUGGAGCUCCUUAUUUUGUUGAUGCAGUGAUGCGGAAGUCGAAAAGUCAUGAAGGAGCGUUGAAUCUAUCUAUUGGUGGAGUUAUGGAUGUUUCUUUGUACCCUGUUUCUUUUAUCAAUGGAUUUGAGGUUUUGAAGCUAAGCAACGAUAAGCGGAGCCUUGAUGUUUCUGAUGCUGUUUUCCCUGGAAGUUCUUCUCGUAACAAGAGUUCAAAUCCGAGAAUCGGAUUGAUAGCUGGAUUAUCUGCAGCUCUGUGUGUUGGUCUAGUGUUUGGUGUGGUUGUAUUUUCGUGGUGUCUAAGGAAAAGAAGAAGUAGAAAUAGACAAAUGCAGAGUGUUCAUUCUAGAGGAGAUGAGCAGAUUAAGCAGAACGAAACAGGUGAAAGCUUAAUCUUUUCGAGCUCAAAGAUCGGUUAUCGUUUCCCAUUGGCCUUAAUCAAGGAAGCAACAGAUGAUUUUGAUGAAAGGUUAGUGAUUGGAGUUGGUGGGUUUGGUAAAGUUUUCAAAGGAGUCUUGAGAGACAAAACCGAGAUAGCUGUGAAACGAGGUGCUCCACAGUCUCGCCAAGGUCUAGCGGAGUUUAAGACAGAGAUCGAAAUGCUUUCUCAGUUCAGACACAGGCAUUUAGUUUCUUUAAUCGGGUAUUGCGAUGAGAACAGCGAGAUGAUCAUUGUCUAUGAGUAUAUGGAGAAGGGAACGCUUAAGAACCAUCUCUAUGACUCAGAUAACCCGAGAUUGAGCUGGAAACAGAGGCUUGAGAUAUGUGUUGGUGCAGCUAGAGGGCUUCAUUAUCUCCACACAGGUUCCACAAGAGCCAUCAUACACCGUGAUGUGAAAUCAGCUAACAUUCUCUUGGAUGAGAAUUUUAUGGCCAAAGUUGCAGACUUUGGAUUGUCUAAGACUGGUCCAGAUCUUGAUCAGACACAUGUGAGUACAGCGGUCAAAGGAAGCUUUGGUUAUCUUGAUCCAGAGUACUUGACAAGACAGCAGUUGACUGAGAAAUCCGAUGUUUACUCUUUUGGUGUGGUGAUGCUUGAAGUACUAUGCGGGAGACCUGUGAUUGAUCCAUCUCUUCCGAGAGAGAAAGUGAAUUUGAUCGAGUGGGCGAUGAAACUGGUGAAGAAAGGGAAACUUGAAGAGAUCAUUGACCCUUUUCUUGAUGGGAAAGUGAAGAUUGAAGAGCUGAAGAAGUACUGUGAGAUAACAGACAAGUGUUUGGCACAAAACGGAACUGAGAGACCAACAAUGGGAGAUUUGUUGUGGAACCUAGAGUUCAUGCUACAGCUCCAGGCAAAAGACGAGAAAGCAGAGAUGGUGGAAGAUGAUCCAGAGGCGAGCGUCGUGGGCUCAACCCUGCAGUUUAGUGUGAAUGGAGUGGGAGAUAUUGCAGGGAUCUCAAUGAGCAAAGUUUUCGCGCAAAUGGUGGUGAGAGAAGAAACACGAUAAAAAGAUUUGAUAAAAAAAGAAGAGUAUCUUAGUUACAAAGUGUUGUUUGUACAGUGAGGGAGAAGAAGAGAGAACACGUUACUGUUUUAUACAUUGUUGUAGGAAAUUCAAGUGUGUUUGUUGUAUACACUGCAGAAAUCCUAAACAGAUUGUUAUACUUUCUAUACAUAUAUUUGCAUUGAUAUUUCAG